CCGGGCCUCCCCGCCAUGCCGCGGGCGCUGCUGCCCCGCCUGUGCCAGCGGGCGCCGCGGCUGUGCCGGGCCGGGCUCCGGUUCCGCUGCAGCCGCGGGGCCGAGCCGGGAGCGCCCCGGGGCCGCAGUGCCCCCGCGCCCCUCCCGCGGGGCUCGCGGAGCGGGCGGGAGCUGUGGCGGGCACAGCAGGACUCACCCGGCACGGGGAAGGGAACGGAGCGAAAGGCGGCGGUGCUGGAGAGAACCAAAGGCUCGGAGAUCCUGUUCGGGCUGGCCCCGUGCGGGCUGGCGCUGGCCCGGGCGCGGCGGGCGCUGUUCCGCCUCUUCCUGAAGGAGCAGCGCGGCGGCCCCGGGCGGCCCCUGAGGGCCGAGCUCGGCCUGCAGGCGGCGGCCCGCGGCGUGCCGGUGCUGCGCGUCCCGGGCCGGGCGCUGGACGCGCUGUGCCGGGGCCGGCCCCACCAGGGAGUGUGUCUGGAGGCCGCCCCGCUGCCCCUCAGGAGCCUGCGGGACGCGGAGGAGCCGCAGCUGGGCCACGGAGAGAGAGGGAACCGGCAGCUGCUGUGGCUGGUGCUGGAGCACAUCCAGGAUCCCAUGAACCUGGGGGCUCUGCUGCGCUCCGCCUACUUCCUGGGGGUGGACAGAGUGGUGGCGACCCGCGGCAACAGCUGCCCCUUGACUCCCGUAGUGAGCAAAGCCAGUGCUGGAGCCAUGGAGGUGUUCGAUGUGUAUGGCACGGAUGAUCUGCAGGGCUUCCUGAAGGCUAAAAGUGCAGAAGGCUGGGAAGUGGUGGGAACAGUCAGCAGGCCUGAAGAUGUGGAGGAUGUUCCUGUCAUCAGCUGCUCGGAAUUCCAGUGGGACAAGCCCGUUAUUGUAGUGAUAGGCAGUGAAGGGGAGGGACUGUCCCUGGAGACUCAGCAGCAGUGCCAGAGGAUGCUGGCCAUCCCCCCGGGCAGGGCGCUGCACCCCGGCCUCGACUCCCUCAACGUCUCUGUGGCUGCAGGUAUCCUCCUGCACUCCAUCUGCAGCCAGAAACGGAGGCAAGGAGAUUGAAAUCCUCUGUAUUAGGUGGAGGAAGCUGCUCAGUGUGGAUAUGGAAAUGCUCUUCCCAGGGUCUCCACCGUCACUGUGAGCUCCAGGGAAGCCCCAGUGACCUGAGCUGCAUUUUGGCUGCUGCAGAAGCCACCAGAUCCCUACUUAACACCACAGGCAGACGCCUGAUGUCGUAGGUAACACCUGGGAGGAGCAGCUUGGGAAGGCAGACAGGUCUGGGAGCAGCCAGUUUGGGCAGGAAAACACCCAGGGAUGGCUGCCAGCACUGGGGACUUUGUGCAUCACUUGAACCGUGGGGACAAUUUGGGCUGUGGGUGAAAGUGCCACUGCAAGUGCCCUGGGCAGCAGCUGCUGAGUGCCAGCUGUGUUUGGGAACCACUGGAGCUGGGUUUGCUGUAUUGGAUUGUAAACCAGGUGUGCAGCCCUGCUAAGGGCUGGCAGACAGCUGGAAUGGGGGGAAAAUGCAGCCUGUGGAAAUAAAGCUUUUGUAAAGAUUG